UCUUUAGUUAAUUUUCCCGACAAGUUAAUCCGAACUCGAUUUCGCCUUCCGCCCUCUCCUCCUCCUUUCUCCUACUCGCCCUCUCGCCGGACGACGACGGCGAUGGCGUCGUCUGUCACCGCUGUCCUCCACCUAGGAUGGACCUUCUCCAGUUCUCAAGCGGCGUUCUUUGCAGAUCCAAUAAAAUUAUUGAAAAAUUUAAUUUAACUGAUAUUUUUGAACAGCAGUGUCGUCUUCCCAAACUCGGAGCCCCCAAGACAAGGCCAAGGCGGCCCGAGGAUGCACCAUCCCCAGUUCCCUCCACCGGCUCUCUCUCGCCACACCGCCCUCCUUCCAAAUCCGUUCAAGAUCGAUUGCCAUGGAUUUCGCAGGACCUCCCAUGCCUGCGGUCUAACUAUUGUUCCUUCGCUCACCUAUAACUCUUUGCUUUUUGUCCAUGCACAUAACUGCGACAACAACCAAAGCCAAAGCACUCGCCCGCUUCCAUCCUCCCAAACUCAAACCAAGCUCUGGGAGUCCAGAAUCGAGCUUCAACUGCGGAAGAGCAACUACCAGAAGUGCAUCUCCUUGUACUACCAAAUCGUAGAUGAACUCAUCGCGCCGAGCCCAGCGACAGUAGUCCAUGUCCUCAUGGCCUGCUCCUCGCUGUCAGACCUCAAAAACUUGAGGCUCGUGCACAAUGACAUCUUACGCCUCAAACUGGAGUCCCAUAGCUCCGUCGCUGCUGGCCUACUAGAUGGCUACUUCAAAUGUGGAUUGCCUGAGGCAGCGCACCGGCUGUUCGACACAAUGCCUCGCAGAGAUGUUGUUUCUUGGACCAUUGUCAUAUCCCAUAGUUACAAAAGCGGGAACUUUGACGAGGCGAUUCAUUAUUUUAGAGCGAUGAUCGAUGAAGGUGUGUCUCCAGAUGAUGUUGCUCUUGUUAGCAUCUUGUCAGCUUUGAAACAUUGUGGUCGGCUAAGGCAUGGCUCCGAGGUCCAUGGCUACUUGAUGAGAAGGUUUGGUAAAUUAAGCAAAGCUACUAUCAGCUCACUGGUAGAUUUCUAUGCCAAGCUUGGUAGGAUGGAUUGUGCGGAUCGGUUUUUGAGUCAAACCAUCGAACCUAAUGUUGUGGCCUGGACCGCAUUGAUGACAGGCUACACUCGUGUGCAAGAUAUGAAUGGCGCCUUGCAGACAUACCUGAAGAUGGUUAGUUCUCACAUUGUACCAACUGAGAGGACCAUCAGUUGUGCUCUCGGAGCUGUUUCCAAACUGGGUUUUCUUCGAAUUGGGACUCAGAUCCAUGGAUAUAUAGUUAAAAGACAGUUUGAGUUGGAUGAUCAUAUUUUGAGCGGUCUGAUUGACAUGUACAGCAUAUGUGGGGCUCCCUCCUAUAUUUGUCGGCAGCUCUUUGAUCAAAUGUUCAUUAAAAAUGUGGUGUCUUGGACCACCAUGAUAUUGGCCUAUGGCCGCAGUGGAGAAGGGCAUGCCGCACUCCAACUAUUUAAUGACAUGCAAGCAGCAGGUGUUUGUCCGGACUCUGUUGCUUUCACAGCAAUCCUUUCUGCAUGUAGUUCGUCCAGUAUGUUACAUGAUGGAUUAAGCUACUUUAAUUCGAUGAUUCUAGAUUACACGAUGAAGCCAAGGGAAGAGCACUAUGCUUGUUUGAGAGGUUUGCUUGCAAAGGAUGGGAGAUUAAAAGAAGCAUAUGAAGCAAUUGAAAGUACAGCUUUGAGAGAUGACAAGGGCACUUGGGAGGCCUUCUUGGGGGCUUGCAGGGUUCAUGGGAAUACAAGUUAUGGUGAAAUUGCCGCAACAAAACUCGUUGAGUUAGAGUCAGAUAAUUCUACAGCCAGCACUGUGGGAUCAGAUGACGCUGGUAGCUUACUGACUUCAUAAUCACAGACCUUGGCCAAGUCGUGCAAGACUUCGUUGGCUGGGGAACAUUUCGACACCAACCUGAUUUUCUGGGUCCAAGCUGCAAAAAGAAGCACGUAGCCUGCACGCUGCCGUCGACCAGGCAAUAAAGGCAGUGUCAGUCUUCAUCUCUCCGUCGAGGCCCCUGAGCUGCUUCCUCCCCCGAGUAGGUACUUCCGAAGUAAUUUUUCUGGCUGAAUGGAUCGCAGUAUCAGAGGUUUUCAUAUUAUGAGAAUUCAUGGGCUUCUUGCAUCGGGGGUAUUCCAAUUGAAGAGAAAUAAUUUGUAUGCAGGAAGAACGUGGUGCAGGUACCCAUCUCGUUUGAAAAUUUCAGGUAGAACAGCCAUCUCUUUCUUUAUUUCUUUCUUUCGGCUUUUGCAGACCUAGGGAAACAACUUUACCUCGUCCUCUCUUGACCAGGUAGGGUGACUGGUUGAGCGUAGUAGGUUUGAUAUUUUUUACUCUUUUUAUUAAGUUGAGCAAGCUUGACGGACUUAGUUAUAAGCAUAAAUUAAAGUAAAUUAUAAUUUUUUUUGGAGAUUAAAAAUAAAUUAUACUUAUACUCAACAGACUUAUCUCUCUAAAAUUUACGUUAGUCAAACCGAUUAUUUUAAAUGAGAUUCAAAUAUCAAGUGAGAAAAAUUUUUGAUACUCACUAAAUUAACUUUAUGCAAUAUAACAAUCAUUCAAAAAAAAAUGUAUGAAUCAUUCUCCUUAUUUAGGGGUAAUUUUAUUGGAUUUUAUAUCUUAUGAGGUUUAAACGUCAAUCUCAUUCAAGAUUUAGUAAUUUAUUUUAUAAAUUAUUUAGGUAAGAAAUCACCGAGAAACUGCAUCCGGUCCACCUACCGUACCUAAACCCAAACACGCGAUCCGAAACCCAAGCACGUGAAACCCCGUCGGUCGUAGGCUGAGGAUGUUAUUUAUAUGGAGCACCCGAGGACAGGAUGUAGAGAAAACGGUGGACAAGAAACCGCAUUCAGAAAACUGCGGCGGCGGCUGGCACUUUAGGUUGGCCAACGCAAUGCCUUCGCCUCCACAUCCAGUCCACCACCUCUCCACAUGCACGGUGAAACCCCCACCACUCCCUCCCAAGCGCUUCCACCUGACGCCAUGGGAUCUCGCCAUGUUCUCCUGCCAUUACAUCCAAAAGGGCCUCCUCUUCGCCAACCUCCCGCCUUCCCUCUCCACCGACCAAAUCAUCGACCGCCUCAAAUCCUCCCUCUCCACGGCUCUCCUUCAUUUCUAUCCCCUCGCCGGCCGUUUCGUGACCGAAGAGGCGCGCGAUGAGAACCAGAAGGUGACCGGCAUCUUCUGGUCCAUCGAUUGCAACGGAGAAGGCGCGGAAUUCAUCCACGCCAUUGCUCGCGAAGUUACAGUCUCCGACGUGCUAUCCCCUUCCGACGACGUCCCCUCCUUCGUCCAAUCCUUCUUCCCCCUUGACGGUGCCGUCGACCAUGACGGCCACGCUCAACCGCUGCUCGCCGUCCAGCUCACCGAGCUGGCGGAUGGCAUCUUCAUCGGAUGCUCCUUCAACCAUGCCGUUGGAGAUGGCACCUCCUACUGGAACUUCUUCAACGCAUGGGCCCAGAUCACCCGGACCAAAGGAGUCGCCGCCCUCUCUCGCCCUCCUGUUUACGACCGCUGGUUCAUCGACGGCUAUGACAACCCUCCCGUCAAACUACCCUUCUCCCACCCUGAUGACUUCAUCGAGAGAUUCUCUCCGCCUCCCCUCCGGGAGAAGAUCGUCCACUUCUCAGCCCAGUCCAUUGCCCAGCUGAAAGCCAGAGCCAACCAAGCGCGCGGCACCAACUCCAUCUCCUCUUUCCAAGCUCUUUCCGCCCUCGUGUGGAGGUCCAUCACCAGAACCCGCAACCUGCCGGCCGACCAGAAGACGAGCUGCAGAAUGGCCGCCCAGAACCGGGCCCGGUUGAGCCCGCCCCUCUCGCCCGACUAUUUCGGCAACUCGAUGUACCCCAUCAUUGCCACGACGACGGUGGGCGAGCUAUUGAACCACGACCUUGGGUGGGCCGCCUGGCUGCUGAAUCGGACCGUGGCGGAGCACGACGACAGCGCGAUCCGGGACAAGUUGAGGGCCUGGAUGGCCCGGCCCGUGGUGUACCGGCUAAGCAUGUUCGACCGGUUCAGCGUGAUGAUGGGGAGCUCGCCCCGGUUCGACGUGUAUGGGUGCGAGUUCGGGUGGGGGAAGGCGGUGGCGGCGCGGAGCGGGAGCGCGAACAAGUUCGACGGGAAGGUGACGUCGUACUCGGGUUGGGAGGGAGGGGGGAGCGUGGAUCUGGAGAUUUGCCUGGUUCCCGAGUCGAUGAGCGUGCUGGAGUCGGACGAGGAGUUUAGGAGCGCCGUUUGUCCUCCGUUAGAGCUGGGGGUGCUGCUGCAAGGCACCAACCAGUACCCUUAAUAAUGGUACUCGUGCAAGGCGAAUAGAGCAUCAUUUUUGGUGUUGAACACUAAGAAAAUCUUAUGGACGUCCUACUUUGGCGAUUGAUUUAAAGAUAUAUUAUUUUCUAAUUUUGCUGAAUAUAUUCAUACUAGAUGAGUAUAAAUUAUCUAAUUAAUUAAAAAAUAAAGCAUACUUAAGUUUCUGAUUAGCUUGUACUGGUGACACAGCGUAACAAUUAUUAUGCAAUAUUUUGUUAGCCGAUUUUCGUCCCAAGAAUCUCGGAUCAGGAAAAUCAGUGCAUUUUUACCGUCGUAAGCGUGUCCCGUAGCUCUUUCAUUUCUCUUUCCUACACAAUUCCAUGUCCUUCUUAUUUACCCUCUUUCCUCCAUAAUACUGUGUAAUUUUAUUUACUUAAUGAACUUCAUCUGAGUAUGUUACCAGAUUUCAUUUUGAAAA